CGCCCCAGCCCCCCGGGGAGGCUCCGGGCCCGGCGGGGGGGCGCGCCCCCCGCCCGGGGCCUGCGGCGGGGGCGCCGGAUAAAGCGGUGCCGGCCCGUCCGCCUGCCGCCACAGGGGCGGCCGGGACGGGCCCAGCGGGGCGCCCCGCCAUGGCGAGCCCCGCGCGGCCGCGGCAGGAGCUGGCGGCGGAGGAGCGGCGGCUCCGCGGCGCGGCCCCGACGGUGCCCCGCGACGCCAAGCGGGAGGCGGCGGGGGAGCGGCUGGUGCUGCUGGAGCUGAGCCGCGGCGGGCGGCCGCCGGCCCCCGGCCCCGGCGAGCGCCGGGAGGAGGGGGAGGAGGAGGAAGAGGAGGGGGAGGAGGAGGAAGCGGCGGCGGGCGAAGACUGUUGCGGCAAGUGCAAGAAGCGGGUGCAGUUCGCCGACUCGCUGGGGCUGAGCCUGGCCAGCGUCAAGCACUUCAGCGACGCCGAGGAGCCGCAGGUGCCGCCCGCCGCGCUGUGCCGCCUGCAGAGCCCGCCCGCCGAGGAGCGGGACCCGCCGCCGCCCGGCGCGGACCCGCCGCCGUCCGCCCUGCGCCUGGUGCCCGACUUCCCCGACGGCGGCGAGCCCAGCGCCGAGCGCCUGCGGCGGCAGCGCGUCUGCCUGGAGCGGCUGGGGCGGCCGGCGGCGCCCACCGACGUGCGGGGCACGGUGCGAGCGCUGGGCUGCCCCGGCCCCCGGGAGGUGACGGUGCGCUACACCUUCAACGAGUGGCUCUCCUUCGUGGACGUGCCGGCCGCCCCGCUGCCCCCCGACCCGCCGGCCGAGCGCUACAGCUUCACCCUGUGCGUGCCGCCCAGCCUGCGGGAGGGCUCGGCCCUGCACUUCGCCAUCCGCUACCGCAGCCCUCAGGGCGAGUUCUGGGACAACAACGGCGGCCGCAACUACACGCUGCGGUGCUGCGGCUGCCCCGGGGCCGGGGCCGCGCCACCCCCCGCCGGCAGCCCGGCGCCCCCCGCCGCCCCCCGCUACUGACGGAGCCGCCGCCGGGCGGGGGGAGGCGGCCGGGGCCCCGCGGCCGGGGGCCCGUCUCGGGAGGGCGGCAGCGGGCGCGCCGGGGCGCCGUUCCCGGUGCCGGUCCCUCGGCUUGGCCGGCUGAAGGUGGACGCGCGUAG